CCGAGCCGCACCGAGCCGCACCGAGCCGCACCGAGCCGCACCAAGCCCACCCAGAGAUGUCUCCGCUCCUGCAGCUCGCUCUCCUGGCCGUGGUCGGCGUCCUCCUGCAGGCGGAGGCCCACUUCCCCAAGGAGCACAUGUCCAACAGACUCGGCCUGCCCGGGAUCCCCGAAGUGCACGGCGGCCGGCUGACGCUGCAGGUGUCACAGGUGGUCCCCGCCAUGCAGGAGGUGCGGAUGGGCGACCGGCUGGAGCUGGAGUGCGAGGCGUUCGGCGGGCCCUUCCCCACCAUACAGUGGCUGCGCGACGGCCAGCCCAUCGGCCAGGGCGUGGACGAGGCCAAGUCCUUGAGCAACCUGUUGUCCGCGGAGGCCAUCAACGACCUUGGCGGCCUUGGCGGCAACGUCAAGGUCACGUCCAACCUGGUGCCCGUCGACUCCAUGACGGCCAUCGGCAAGGUCAAGUCGCGGCUCAUCAUCGACUGCGUGCUGCCCGUGCACCGCGGCAUGUACUCCUGCGCCGCCGUGUCCGGCACCGACGCCGACGUCUCGCCGCCCGCCACCGUCUACGUCGUGGCGGACGGCGUGCGCAACCUGUCGGCGAUGCUGUCGGCCUGCCAGCACGCCGGCCUGGCCGCGCCCGCCCCGCCGCGCAUCACCAGCUUCGCCACCUUCAUGAUGGACGUGUCUGGCACCGACAUCACCCUGCCCUGCGCCGCGGAGGGCUCCCCCAGGCCCGCCGUCUUCUGGAGGGACAACAACAACCAGCUCAUCGCCGCCAGCGGCCCCGGCGCGCGGCGCAACCGCUACAAGGUCCUGCCCAACGGGUCCCUCAUGAUCCUCAAGGUGCGCUGGAGCGACAUGGGCAUGUUCACGUGCGUGGCGCAGAGCGAGACGGGGCGCGAUAACGCCACCACCUUCGUGUACCCGCUGUCGCCCUCCAAGUAAUCGCGGGGGUCUGCCAGAAGUUAAAAAAAUAGUAUGAGAAAAUUUUGAGAAACAAUGACUUUCUUUUAAGUAGAUUACAAAUCAUGAGCAUCAAUUAAAUAAUGCACCAUAUGUAAAUUAUAUAUCUCUAAAUUUAAGAACCAGUUACUUCAGACAUGAUUCGAAUGUUACCAAAUGAAGAGAAAUGUGUUUGUUUCAAUAGAAUAAAUAGUGUUUCACAUUCUG